UUCAUCUGCAGUCUUGUUUAGUUUUUCGUUAAAUGUAGAUGCAUGUAGAGAACAGAACGUAUCUAAAAGUUGAAUUUUUUAAAAAAAUAAAUACAUAAAUAAAAUAAAUCCAAGAGCAAAGGAGAAGUGAGAAAGUUAAACACACAACACAAUAUUUAUAUUAAAUAUAUAUUCAUCGGCAUUAAACGCGAAUCAUUUUCAUGAAUUCUCUUUUCAAAAUUGAGAAAUAAAACGAGCAAAUAAUUGAACAAAACGUUUAAUCCGUUGUAAACUCUUGCUGAAUUUGUUUUUUUUUUAUUUGUGUUUUCGGUACUGUUACGUUCACUUUUUUUUCGAUGUUGAUUUCCUCAAAAGUUGCUAUCGUGGUUUUUGUUUGAUAUUUGCUUUUACAUCUUGUCUCGUGUGGUGUGUGUGUGCUUGUGUUUGUUUAACUAGUUUCCUCAUUCAAUCUUGCAUUGUUGAGGUGAAAACGAUAAAAGGAACAGAAUUAAAGAAGAGACACAUAAAAAAAUUAUAACAACGAACUGACAAUUACAAACCAAAAUCGAACGAUUGUCAAUUAGAAUCGAAUGCUGAUUAGAAUCAUUGUUACAGAGAAAAAAAAAUCCACUUCUACCUCAUAAUCGAAGAGUGUAUCGAUUCGGUGUGUUAGGCAAUUAUAAAACGUUCAAUCGUUACCAUUGAGUGCUCUUCUGGAGACGAUUCAAGUGCGACAAUAAAUCGCGAUAUUAAAUUGUUCUUGGGUUUUUUUUCUUCUUGUGUGUGACCGACGAGAGAACGAGAAAGAUUUCAAUUGUUCCUGUGUGUACGUUUAAGAGAUCGUGCGUUUCUUUCUUUUGUAUACCUUUUUUUUCUUCCAUCAAACGAGACACGUUCACGUUUUGAUUAUUCUUCUGAGAUUGUAUAUACAUUUAAAACGUCAAACUGGCGACCGAAACGAAGAAAACUAAACCAUCGCAAGCGAUGUCAACGCUCAUGUUUUGGAAUAAGCAAAACGGUAACGCAAACCAAAACGGCAGUGAGAAUGGCUCGUCUGGAAAGAAUGGAAAGAAGACGUGGCUACAUUCGCCCGAGUCAUUGAUGAACGGACACGUUGCCUAUCUAGUCAAAUUUUUGGGCUGCACUCCUGUUGAUCAAGCGAAAGGUAUUGAAACCGUUAAAGAUGCAAUUCGACGAUUGCAAUUUUCACAGCAGAUGAAAAAAGCAGAAUCUGGAUCGAAUGUUAAGACGAAAAAGGUCGAAAUAACCAUAAGCGUCGAUGGAGUAGCUAUUCAAGAACCACGUGGAACGAAGAUAUUGCAUCAAUUUCCAUUGCAUAAUAUUUCAUAUUGUGCUGACGAAAAGGGUGUGAAGAAAUUUUUCAGUUUCAUAGCUAAAAAUAGUGCAUCCAGCAAUAAUGAUUCAACUGAUCGUACAGCGGAGGAGACGCACGAGUGUUUUGUAUUCAUCUCAAGCAAAUUGGCAUCGGACAUCACAUUGACCAUUGGUCAAGCAUUUGAAUUAGCCUACAGGCGCUAUGUCAACGAAAGUGGAAAAACAACAGAGGUGGCAAAGUUGCAAUCUCAAAACAAGUAUUUGGAGCAAAAAAUCGAGGCAUACUGUCAGCGAUUGAAAGAUUUGGCCGAGAUUCUGCCAAAGAGUGAUCUUGAUCGCUUAUUGAUGCGUUACGGCGUUCGUGAUAUUUUGGAUUUGCCACAACAAGAGAACGGCAUUGGUAAUCAUGUUGCAAAUAUCAAUGGAAGCAACACUCCAGAUUUAGGAAUUGAUGUGUCAUCGCCAAAUAAUGAUGAUCAGCUAUUGAUAGAAACAUCUGAUAAGCAUUUUGCACCGAUUGUUCCACCAAGAAAUUUGCAAAGCCAAAUAAGCUCAACGCUGGACGCAUUGAAGCCAUCGGUUGGCACAAAACUUGAAGGACUUUUAUUGAAUUCCGAUUCGGAUAGUGAUUUUGAUCCGCGUGCCGAUGAAAAUGACAUUUUCGCCACCGAGAAGAAUUCGUCGGAAUCAUUCUUUGGAUUUGAGCCACCAAAAACAACAAUGGGUCAACAAUUAUUUACGAUGAACGCCAAUUCAAUGAUGAACGGCUCAACAAAUGGCAAUCUCAACAAUGGAGCCGCCAAAACAACACCGUUGUUGGCUCCACCGCCCAAGGCAACGAUUCCACGGCGCAAUGGUAAUGUGACAACAAAUCAAGAUCUGUUCGGUUCAACGCCAUUCGAUUCAAGUCCAUUUGAUGUUCAGAAAGAGGAGACGAUGUCAGAGAAUUCGUUGCCAGCAACAUUGGGUAGUGCAUUUACAUUGCAUGACGAUUUAAGUUUUGAGAGUGUAUUACAACAAUCGACCGCAUCAACUCAUCAAAAUCCAUUCAAUGAUUCAGUGGCAUCAGCAUUUUGCGAACCAAGUACAGUAAACGCUCAGUACACGGCCACACCGAAAAAAGAAUUUGAAUUUUUGUCAACAAAUAAUGAGAAUCUUAAUGCAAUAUUUAAUAGCUAUAAAGCAUCACCGUCACCAUCGAACAUGAGCGAAAUAGUAAAUGGUGGUGGUAUGGGCGCCCAAAAACCAGAUGAAAUUGAAAAAAAUCCAUUUUCAUUGGCCAACGAAAAAAGCGCAUGGAAUGAAUUGAAUGCAUUAGAUUUGAGCCGACUACAACUCGAUGUUGAUGAUAAAUCAAGUAUUUUUGCAAAUUCGGAACAAUUGAACGAGAAAAAAACUGAGACCAAAAAGGAAAUUCCGGCUGAUUUAUUUGCAGAUGUUGCUAUGGGACUAUUCAACGAAUUCAAUAAUACACGACACAAAAAUCAUGAAUUUUUUAAUAAAAUUUCUGGUUUUGAUGCUGUUCGCACAUAAAUUCGAACCAAACCGAUUGCGAAUGGCAGGAGCAAGAAAGAUAGAAAGAGAGAGCCAGAGGAGGUGGAGAGAAACGAUCAACGUUUUAUUAAAAUGCAAUAUUCAUAACACACAUAUAUAUAUACAUCUAAAUGUAAUAGUAACUGUAGUUUAUCUUAAAGGUAUUAUCGAUUUGGUUUGAUGUAAGGUGAUGGUCACGAAAAUACUUUAGGACGUAGCAAAUCAUGCAUUUUUGGUGAUAAUUAUGGUUUUGAUUGCACCCAGCACUUAUUUCCUUUUUGUGUAACCUCGCAACUGAGUACGAUCCUCUUUCACACUUUCCAAGUAGCAUGACCAAAACGAUCACUGCACGAAUACACGACUCUCUGAUUUAUAAUUUAAACAAAAAAAAAAAUAAUAGAUAUACUCAUAAAUUAGCCUAAAACAAAUGUAUUGGAUUUGGUUUCUCGUAACAACUUAGACUUGCAAUUUUUUUUCCUCUUCUGUCACUUCUUUUAAAUUGCCACCGUGUAAUUAUCCAUUUGGAUGUAACAAAAUUGGCAUGUUGAGUUGUAGCCAAGAACAUUUUCAUCUAUUCUAUUAUUUUCUUAUUUAUAUAAUUAGACGACCAACAACAAAUUGGGGCUCAUAGAUGAUUUUACACUCGAAAGCCUAGAUCCACUCAGAAAGUAGAUAACUGUUGAAUGUGAGUGUUGCGGUGACGCAGUGAAAGCAAUCAAAUAAAUAAAUCAAAUCCAGCAUUUGUCGAGUGGUUAGUCGCUGCCAUUGAAAAGCGUUCCAUUUCGAAGAAUUUUUAUUUUUCAACUUCAAAAUGAGUAAGCGAAGUAGUAAUAGCCUUGAAGGUCAUUUA